AUGUCUUUCCCAUCCGCACCCGCAUCUUCACCUCCCAAGAACCCCCACAAAAAACCAUCGAAAAAUAAAAAUCCCUCGCGCGCGGAUCAUCGAACAGGUAGUUACGAUAGCCAGUACACCCUCCGCGGCAAAGAAAGCUCUAGUCUCGAGUUUGAGAUUUUCGAAGAUCCGCGAUGUGCCAUCUGUGAUGGAGAUCUUCCUCCUAUUGAAGGACCACAAUCCCACCUAACCCCCCAACUCUGCGCGUCCUGCCACCUGCAAGUCACGCAUCUCAAGAACGAGCGCGAGAAAAUCCUCCGGAGACAGCGCGAAAAGCAACUCGUCCAGUUGCACGAGGCGCUCGAAGCGAUUUCUGCACAGGCGGAGUUGAGACAAGUGUUGAUGGAUGGGAAUGAGAGGUUACGGGGGGAGAUUGAGGAGAUUGAGAGGGAGAUGGGGGGGUUGGAGGGGGGAGUGAGGGAGGAGAGUGAGGAGAGGAGUAGAGAGGGUUAA